CUGGCGCUGCAGGACAGGAGCCAUCACGGCUUGGUGCUUUCCUUCCUCUGCCUUCCUCCUCUGACCCCCUUCCCAAGCCCCAGCCAGACUCCCUCCAGAGCUGAUGCAAACCUGGGGCUGGCCCCAUUUGGCCUCUUGCUGCUUUAUUAUGAGAACUCUUUUCUUGUGGGCAAAUGCAUACAGUACUUUCAAACCCAUCUCUCCCUCCAUCAGUUUUUCUCUUUAACCCCAUGGCCAUCCCCAGGGCUUUAUUUCAUUAGGGACUCUCAAGCUUUGCAUUUGAAAUGAGUUGCCUGCUUCUCUUUAAUAAAAUUAUUCCUGCCUUCUUUAAAUAGCACAAUAUGCCACAGAAAUCCAGUGGGUCUGUUUGUGAAGAUGAGGCAGCUCAGAAAGGAGAAAGAGGAGGAAAAAGAAGGAAAAAAAACCCCACAAACCCCCACACAUCUCCCCAAACCCCUUCUGCCUAAUCCAACUGAAUUAGAGGAUUUCAAAGUGGAUUUAAAACUAAAUCUUGAUUAGGGAGAAUUUCUCUCCAAGAGCUGCUGCGCGGUGGUAUUAAUGGGAAGUGAUCGUGGACAGAGGAAAUAGGACAGAAAUAACCAAGGGAAGCACAUACACGCUCAGGUCUGUUCAUGAACUGAAGGAAUCAGAGAAUUUCUCAAGGGGAAAAGGGAGAAAUUAAGCGUCGACAGAAGGAAACUGGGCACCACGGGGCUGGCUGGAGAAGUGGGGAGCAGCCAGAUCUCUGCUGCGCUGCCAGCAGCUCCCUUCAUUCCCGUGGAGGGUUUUGUAAGCGGUGGGCACAGCUGGGGGGAAGAGGCAAGAGGACACAGGGUCUCUGCCCACUCCCCCAGACACCCGUGUUCAUCCUCUGAGCCCAGGGUGGGCUCCGGGAGCUGCCCCCCAUGCUCUCAGGACACAUGCCUGGAGGUGCCCAUGGGAUCCUCUCGCUGAUGACCGUGGUCUUCGUCCUCCCGGAGGUGUCCGGACUGCAGUGCUAUGGCUGCAACAUCAUCGUUGGCACCAAAAGUGUGGACAUGGGGUGCUCUAACCCAGAGGUGAUCACCUGCUCCCACUCCCACCAGGGCUUCAAACACCGGUUCUGCAUUAAGACAGAGAGUGUGGUCCUGGGCAUCCUGCUGACCAGCGGCUGUGCCACCUCCCGUCACUGCCAGCAGCGGGAGCUGCCCGGGGUCCGCAUCCACUGCUGUGACACAGACCUCUGCAACGGCUCCCCCCGAGCUCCCCGGCCGCCCCCCGGCCUCGCUGGAGGCUGCUUCCUGCUGCCCUGGCUCCUCGCUGCCCUCUUCCUCUCCUGAGACCCCCAGGGUUGUUGGGGGGAAGAGCUGGGACCUUUGGGGUGGGCGGCUGGGAGCACGGAUGCCCCCGUCCCGGCUCUUACAUGUGGGCAGGACACCCUCCUCUCCUCUCUCCUCAAUAAAAGGUGCUGAAAGUUUAGCCCUGGAAAGGUUUCAGCGAUGCCCUGGUUGCAUCCCGGGGAGGAUGGGAGACUUUUCCAGUCUCGGGGGGGCCUGGGGGUACCCCCACCAGCCUGGGACAGGGGGAGUGCAGCUCCAGGGGAACAGGGAGAGUGGCCAAGCCCGGCUUUUAGAAACAGGAUCGUUUUGUUUGGAAGAGAAAUGAUGAUCAUCGCGUCCAACCUCUCUUCCCACGAGAGGGCAUCCUUGGCCCUCGCUCUGCUGCCUGGGAGCCCCGGCUGGGCUUUGGGGUGCAGGGGCGGAGCACCCAUGCAGGGCAGCACCUCCAGAGGGGUCCCGCUGGAGGAGCGGGCAGCGACGAGGGUGCCCUUGUGAAGUGAGUGUGGUGUUUUGUUUUUUUUUUAUCCCUUCAGAAUUUAUCCCAACUGAAGAGGCCAAACAGGAGCUGUAGCAGAAAAAUCUCAUCCCACACGGAUCGGAGCCUAAAGUGGCUUGUUCAAGGUCAUCGUGGGGGUUUGUGGUAGAGCUGAGAAUUAAAUG